AUCUUUUCACAUAAGACCAUUUUGCAACCUGGAACCGGUUUCUUCACCCAAGUUCACUUUUUUGCACUACAGCAACCACAGCCAGUUAAAACCAUAAGCAAAAAGCAAAACCCAGUUUGAUUCAAACAAGUCUACGCUGUGUGAUUUCUCAAUUGAUGUUCCUUUUCUUUCUUCUCUUUGUAUUAAAUCAAUUUUGUCUGUAUUUCACGCUACAAUGAGAUGCUUUCAUAAACAAAUGUGACGUGUUUAUGUUUACAGCUACUUCCUAUUUUUAUGUCUUAAAUCUUUGAGAACUAUUCAAGAAAAAGAAUCUUUGAAAACAAUCCCCCAAAAAAAUUGAAUCUUUUCCUUUUUCGCCCAGUAGUCUGUUUCCAAAGUUUGGAUUUUUAUUAGAGUACUGUUCAAAUUUCUGAGAUUGAUGGUAUUUUGCAGAAAUGGGGUCCUCUGAACGUUUAAGAUCUUCGCCAAUGGUGUAUAGGAAUCUACUAAAAGCAGUGGAAAAGCACAUAGGGAAGGAAGAACACAAGGUUCAUUUCACUGACUUCAUCAGGGAAGAGUUCAGGAAGAAGAGCAAUCUUGAAUGCCCAAAAGACCCCUCUUUUAUUCAGCGGAGGAUUAAUCUUGCUCAAAAUUAUGCUUACCUUCUCAACAGUGUCCACCAUCAUAAGGACUUGUUAUUUUCUUACAACAUUGCAGUAGAUAGAUCCGAUGAGAUGACAAAAGUGCUGGGCAAAUCUGCUGCAAGUGUGGGGCUCCGCCUUCCUGAUGUUUAUCAGUCUUGAAAGUUGCAAUGGUAUCACGUCAAUGGCGGUUUUCAGAUGAUUCUACAAGGCUGGAAGCUGAAAAUUAGCACUGGUAGCCUAGAUUUGGAUAAGCGAAUAGACGAUAGCAUGUAGCAUUGACAUGGGAAGAACCCCCUCCCCAUUCAAGGGGCUGAAAAACUUGCCAAAAGCAAAUGAAUUGAGCAGUAUCCCUGGAUGUUCUGUCAUGGGAGUGUUAAUUUUUGUCUUAAAACUAUUUAUCUUUGUGGGGAAAAAUAACUUUGUGCUAAUUGCUCAGAGCAGCUUAUUUUGACGACAGGCUUCCAUUAAUAAUUCAUUCUGCAGAUUAUGCUACAUUAUCUCAGUCCAUUUUAUUUGUGGCAAGUUGGUGAAACAAUCUAAAUUCUAGGACAAAUUCUGGUCAAAAGUAUUAAAGAGCUCUAAUUAUUAACAGCAAAGAGCCUUUACUAUCAGUAUUGACAUUUAGAUGUCACUGUUGCCUAUAA